AUGCCAGGGACCGAUCCGACCGGGAUAAAUUGGGCGAAGUCCUCGAUCCCAAUGGCCAUCCGACCUCUACACACCCCUAAAAUAGUUAAGAAGCACAGGAAGAGCUGGCGCCGGCAUCAAAGCGAUCUGUUUAAACGGCUGGGUGAUAAAUGGCGUAAACCUAAAGGUAUCGACAAUCGCGUCCGGCGGCGCUUCAAAGGCCAGGUUCGUAUGCCGAAAGUUGGUUACGGGAGUGCAAAACGUACGAAACAUAUCCACCCUGAUGGCUUCAAGCAUGUUCUGAUCCACAACGUCAAGGAAUUGGAGGUGUUAAUGAUGCAGCACCGUACCCAUGCUGCAGUGAUUGCCCAUACGGUAGCUCGGAAAAACCGGGCGAAAAUUGUGGAACGAGCGAAGCAAUUGAGUAUUCGGUGUGUUAAUGCCGAUGCUGGUCUACGCUCUGCAGAAAAUGAGUGA